AUGGGCAAUCCAAAUAUAAAUAGUGGAGGGAAAAGUAAUUUUCAGCCAUCGACAAAUUUAUAUAAUUUUGGACAGAAAUUCGAUAUUUAUGUUUAUCUUUCGGAUUCGAUAGAACGAUUUAACUCAUUCGAUGAUCCGUCUGCUCUUUUCUGGAAGGAAACUGGCAUCAUUUAUGGCGAUUGGACUUCUGGUAAAAGUGGAGAUGGAUCGAGGACGAAAUCCGUAACGAUUCCAACACCGGCUCCUUUGAUCAACAACCAGUCUUUAUUUAUUCAUGUUUUUGUCGUAAAGGAAGGGCACUCUCCAAAUCCGGAGGAUCGAAAUUACUUUGGCCGAGAGGUUAUUUAUAAUUCGAAGCGUUUAAAUAGAUACAAAAAGCGUUAUUAUAAAAAAACGCAAAAUCUUUUGACUGGAAAAACAGAGCAAAGUGAAGAAGAACAAAGAAAAGCGGAUUUAAUGAAUUAUGAAAUUUUGAAUUAUUGGCAUCCAAAUUUAACCAUUAGUUUGGUUUACGACCAAACAGCAUGGCAGAAAGGAUCGUUGCCUUCACCACUGGAUGAAGCGAUUAAAUUUCUUCCUAUUGGAAAUACAUAUUUGCCGAUAUUUUUGUUCAAUGAUUAUUGGAAUCUUGCUGCAGAUUUUCUACCUAUAAACAAUAGUGUUACUGAAUUAAACUUCACCUUAACUUUUGCACCACUUUCUUUAUUUAAAUGGCAGCUUUAUGCAUCUCAACAAGUAAGUAAAUGGUCUCAGAUGGUUCAAAUGUUUGGUGGAGACUCAUCCGUCGAAGUUGAUGAUGAUGAUGAUCAAGACUCCAUUAAACAAAUGCUGCUUGAAACUAAUCCAAUCCUUCUAGUAAAAAUUUUAUUAGAAUUUUAUUAUUAUUUUUAUUAUUAUAAUAGAUUCUUAAUAUAUACCAUUACAGGCAUUACAAUUUUUGUUUCAAUAUUUCAUACAAUAUUCGAAUUUCUCGCUUUCAAAAAUGACAUACAAUUCUGGAGAUCGCGAAAAAGUCUUGAGGGAUUAUCUGUUCGUUCAGUUCUUUUCAAUGUUUUCCAAUCAGCUGUGGUUUUUUUAUACAUAUGUGACAAUGAUACAUCGUGGAUUAUCAAGGGUUCAGUUGGCAUAGGAUUGCUUAUAGAAAUAUGGAAAAUUCCGAAAUGUUUAAAUAUUAAUAUUGAUCGUGCACAGAAAUAUUUUGGAGUGAUACCUAAGAUAUUAUUUUCUGAUAAAGGCUCAUAUAUUGAAUCAGAUACAAAAAAAUAUGAUGAAUUAGCAUUUAAAUAUCUUUCUUGCAUUUUGUUUCCAAUGUUGGGCGCAUAUGCAAUUUAUUCGCUUAUUUAUGUUGAACAGCGUAGUUGGUAUAGCUGGAUACUGAGCAUGCUAUAUAGUUUUCUUCUUGCAGUUGGAUUUAUUAUGAUGACACCACAGCUUUUCAUAAAUUAUAAAUUAAAAUCUGUGGCUCAUUUACCCUGGCGUAUGCUUACUUACAAAUUUAUAAAUACAUUCAUUGAUGAUCUCUUUGCUUUUGUGAUAAAAAUGCCAACAAUGUACAGACUUGGAUGUUUUCGAGAUGAUAUUGUUUUCUUCAUAUAUAUGUACCAACGAUGGAUAUAUCGUGUAGAUCCCACUCGUGUCAAUGAAUACGGUGUUUCGCUGGAUGACUCAACUUCCGCAGAAGAAAUGAAAAAAUUACAGGCAGCUAAUAAUGAUGAUUCAAAUCAUCAAACGGAGUCCACGGAGAGCAAUCAAAUAAUUCUCGACGAAUCGAAAAAAUAUAGGUGA